GGUGGAAAGUCACGUUUUCCAAGUCAUCAACUGAAGAUUUCUCCGCGUCAAAAACUAUGUAGAACAAACUAAAAUCUUUCGAUCUCAUGGAGGAGUGUAAAGUAUUGCUGGAGUACUUUCCCUUAAUCUCGGAACACGAAGAAUUUUUUCCGACCUUCGUCGCUAAUUGCGUCUUCAACACUCUACUCUGCUAUACAGCCAUCAUUUUGAACGUUGUUGCGAUCUACGCAAUAAGAAGAACUUCAUCGCUACCGAAGACUUUAAAAACAUUGCUAGUGAGUCUUGCUGUUUCCGAUGUCGGUGUUGGUUUACUCGCCCAACCAUUUUACAGUUUCUUUUUAAUCAAAUGGUUACGUAAGAACAACACUGGCUGUGCAAUCUACAGGGCUUUUCUCGUUAUUAUGAAUUUUGUUUCUGCGGCUUCGUUCUUCGGCGUUCUGGCCAUGAGUGUAGACAGAUUUUUGGCAAUCCAUCUUCAUCUGAGAUACCAGGAGCUCGUGACUGACAUUCGCGUUGUUGCUGCGGUGGCCUCUGUAUGGGUGGUGUCUGGGUUAGCAUCUCCACUUAUCCUCUGGCUUGAGUCCGAUAGCCAUCACAUGCUUUUGACUAGUGUUGCCGUUUUUGGUUUCCUUAUCACAGCACUGGUGUAUAUUAAGACGUAUUUAGUUCUGCGACGUCAUAGAAACGAUAUUCAAACCUUUCAAGUACAUCAAGUUACACAGGAUGGUGGCGAAAUCGUCAAUUUUGCACGCCUUAGAAAAUCUGCUGUUGGUACAUUCUACGUUUAUUUAGCUUUUUGGGUUUGUUAUAUGCCUUGCGCGAUCUGUUUGGCUGCUUUUGUGAUAUACGGCCCGAUCAUCGAUUUAAAGAAAUUUUUUCUUUACUCGUGGUCACUGAUGUUUCUCAAUUCAUCUUUAAAUCCUGUUAUUUACUACUGGAAGAUGAGGCAUAUCCGACGGACUGUUAUUGACAUACUGAGGAAAAUGGUUAGGCAAAGAAAUCAGAUAUCAUUUUAAUCACAGGGCUGCAACACACGAUAUAUUAAGUCGUUUUAUUAGAUGUGCAAAAUAUUUCCAAAUUGAUGGAAGCCUGUAAAGAACAGUUUAAUAAGUUUAGAGUUGUAAUGAUAACCUGAAAAUAAACAAGAAUGAUUAUAUUAGGACAAAAAAUGGCAUUGUUGUUUUUGGCUUUUUUGUGCACCAUGGUUUAGUUCGUUAGCUGCCUUCAAAGUCUACGGCUCUAGUAUCGCGUUGAGCUGGUUUUUUUUUUUUUUCGUAUUCGACGGAUCAUCAUUGAUCAUGACAUACUGAGAAGCGUGCAUGUCUUGAUACCAAACUCCAUGACUCUUUACUACCUUGCGGCGAUAAAUAACAAUUCGUUGUUAGAAAGAGCAGUGAGUACGGAUUGAACAAGGCUGUGCUUUUCUUCACUCGAAUGAAACAGAACUGCAAACGGAGAAUUUUCAUUUUGAUCAGUAUAAGUAGACGAGAGCUCCAGAUCAGUGCUUUCUUAAUCUCGCAGAGUUUGGUAUUUGUUUGAUGCCAUUAUUAUAGCGUCAGCUUAAAAGGAAUGCUAGUAUUGUUUAAUUCAUCAAAGAAGUGGUGCUGAAACAGGCUGGAAAACGUUGUGAAACAGAUUUCAGUUCCACAGAUUAGUUAGGAGAUCCCCCGUACCCGUAGCGUACCCGACAAGGCUAUUUUACAGCAAACCGAAGGCCCAAUAUAAUACUCUGUUUGCUUGCGGUUAGUUUCGCUCAUGUUUGCUUGCAGCUAGCUUUUAUUUGUUGGAAAGGGCGCCAUUAGUAUUGUAUUUGGCCUUUUCCAAUCACAAAAAAUAGUUAACCACAAGCAAACAUGAGUGAAAACAGAGCAUUCGGUAUUCGGCAUUCGGCAUUCGGCGCUGAGCAUUCGGCGUGUGUUCGGCGUUGAGCCCAGACCCCCUCUAAAGAAUUUGUGGGAAAUUCAAAAUGGCGGCGUAAUAUCACCUCGUGUUGCGCUGUAAACUACUGCAACACUGCAUAAGGUGAUAAAAAGAACAAGCAAAUCCUAAUUCAAGUUCUUGCUUCAUCAUGCCUGUGAUGGCGCUCUCCAAGAAGAAAGUACGUGCAAGUUGUUAGAGACAUAGAUCAGAGGAACAAAGACCGGGGACCCAGGACCGGCGACCCAGGACAGAUGACCCAGGACAGAGGACCCAGGACAGAGGACCCAGGAGGAGGACCCUACUCAGUCGAGUCAGAGGAUCCAGGACAGAGGACCCAGGACAGGGGACCCAGGACAGAGGACCCAGGACAGAGGACCCAACUCAGAAGACCCAGGACAGAGGACCAAGCACUCAGAAUGUUCAGAGGAUCAAGGAGCAAGGACUGGACUGAGAACUGACAACUGGGGAUCAAGCACAGUGGAUGAAAGCAAGCCUUGGACAGCAAACUUUUGUGAGUUGAAUAUUAUUAUAGAUAUAUUAAGGUACAUGUAUAUAAGUCAUUUCCGGCAGCAGAGAUGGCUAGUGCACCUUGCCCUGAGGGUUUUUCUCCGGGUACUCCGGUUUCCCUCAGUCCUAAAAAACCAAUAUUUUCAAAUUCCAAUUGAACAAAAUUGGUGACACAUUGUGGUGGGCCAACUGAGAUGAACACUUCUUUGAUUACUAAAGGUAAACAUUUGUAAUACCAAUUUAUUACUCUCUGUUUAUUUCCUAGUUACAUGUGUGCAUGUGAUUUUGCAGUUUCCUUGGGAAAAAGCUUUAUUUAUUUUCUGUCUUUUUCAUAGAUCUCUUUUUUAAUCAUUGGUAAAGGGAAAUUCCUGAAUCAAUCAAUCAAUCAAUCAAUCAAUCAAUCAAUCAA